UAGUACUUUUUGUAGGUUGUGUGGUAGAUGUUGUCAUCCGUGUUCUGUAAAUAACAUUGUUUUCUUGUUGAAUAGUUUAAAACUCGGACGAAUUUAUGUUUUCGGGAAUGUUUCAACAUAAUGCGUGUUUGAUUAUGUGAAAUAUAGUGCAAUAUUUGAAAGGAUAACCGUUAAAACAUGAAGUUUGUAAAGUUGUUUUCAGUGCUAAGUGCGACGUAGUGUUUUUACUCUGCGACUACCUGUUUGAGGGGAUUGCUAUUCCAGGCGUGCAAGAUGAACGCGGAAAUGGCGCUGGUGGUGCGUCGCAACGAGGAACGCGAUGCCCUGCGCACAGUCAUCCAGGCCUGGAACGCCAAUCGCCUCGACCUAUUCGAACUGUCCGAGCCCAACGACGAGCUGGAGUUCCACGGCGUGAUGCGCUUCUACUUCCAGGACUCUGGACAGAAGGUGGCGACCAAGUGCAUCAGGGUGGCGUCGGACGCCACAGCCCAAGUCGUCAUCGAAACCCUAAUCGAGAAAUUCCGUCCCGACAUGCGCAUGCUCUCAAUACCCGAGUACGCCCUCUACGAGAUACACGAAAAUGGAGAGGAGAGAAGACUAGAUAACGAAGAAAAACCACUACUAGUGCAAUUAAAUUGGCAUAAAGAUGACAGAGAAGGCCGAUUUCUACUUAGAAGAAUUGAUGAUAAAACUAAUAUGCCAGAAGGAACAUUCCAGGAAGCUGGGUCGAGUUUCCGGCGAAAAUUAUCGAAACGAGAAAAGAAGCAGCUAAAAAAACAGGAAAAACUAAAUCGAAUGAAAAGUACAGGAGGAAUCAACGAUGAAAAUGAUUCCGGGGUUGCCGAGAAAUUAUACACUGAACUGCCGGAAACGAGUUUCACGCGAUCGAUAUCGAACCCCGAGGCGGUGAUGCGUCGCCGGCGGCAGCAGAUACUGGAGCGGAAGCUGCAGCAGUUCCGGAGCAAAGAUGGCGGCCCGGACACGGGAGGCACACUGAAGAUCUACGGCGAGUCGCUGUGCCGCGAUGUGCCCUACAAGACGCUGCUGCUCAGUGUCGGCGACUCGGCCACGCAGGUCGUCAAGGAAAUGCUCAACAAAUAUGGUCUCGACCGCGAGGACCCACACAACUAUUGUCUUGUUCAGGUGAACACAGCAAUCGAGGCGACCGAGAACAAGGAUCCGUCGCCAGGAAGUAAUACAAACACCAUCAACAACCGGGAGUACAUACUAGAUGAAGACGAGUGUCCACUCGCCAUACUCAUGAACCAUCCACAGUCUAGAGGGUCGAUAAUGUUCCACGUGCGACGGAGGCCGGCCGACUAUCAUCCGCGCAAGAGGAAGAAGAAGCCGCAGCAGAAGUGGAACCAACAGGUCGACCUAGACCACCGCUACGACUCCCUCGAUCGACUCCCCUACUUCCUCGAGCUCAAUCCUGACGGUAGUGAAAUAGUGGGUUCACCGCGGCGUCACCGCCUGCAGCCGAACGUGACAGAGGUGGGCAGUGAGCGUGCGUCACCACACAGCCAGUCACAGUCACUGCAGCUGUUCGGGCCCAAUGUGCAGCCGCGUCACUGCGUCAUCGCCCACACCGAAGGCAUUGUCACCGUGACGCCCUGCAGUCGCGACGCUGAGACAUAUGUCAACGGACAACGCAUCUAUGAGACCACUAUUCUACAGAGUGGGAUGAUAGUGCAGUUCGGACGCAUUCACAGCUUUCGAUUCCUUGACCCUUGCCAAGAAGACAGGCGACUGCGGCAGGACACUUCCAGACCUCUUCAUGACUACUCCUAUGACAGACAAUCGACGCAAGAAGAGUCGAGUCCGGGACCAGCCAACCAGGAGUCGGUGACGUCACCCGGCAGUGCCACCGUCAACUACGAGACGACCUUCGACGUGGACGGAAACAUCGAGACUCGAUCGACGUCGAGCCAGGGCAACCGUGGAGAUGACACCCGCUCGCAGAGGUCGGUCGGCAGCAGUAGAGACAGCAACAGGUUGUCGAACUACGACCGCUACCCGCGCGGAACGGACCCGAUCCUGCCGGCCGUGCUGGAGAUCCGUGAGGAGACAGAGGAGGCACUUCUGCACGCCCUCAUCACAGACCUGGAGCCGAAUGCGCCCGCCUUCAAGCUGGCGCCGGCCUACACGCUGUACCUGGCCGCGCGCUACCGGGCCUCCACACACUAUCGGCCUGAACUCACGCCCACCGAGCGCGCACAUAAGCUCACCCUCAUGCUCGCCAGGGUUGCCAUCAUGAUGCACAAUACCAUACAGGAGAGGUAUUGCGAGGUGAAAGCGCUGGCGCUGUGGUUGGCGAAUUCCUCCGAGUUGCUGCAUUUUUUAAAAUCCGAUCGGCACAUAUCGGCUUUCAGCCUCGAUGCCCAGGACACGCUCGCCGAUGCCGUGCAGAUCGCAUUCAGGCACCUGGUGGGAUGUCUACAGAGAGAGCUGGCAGCUGUUAUGAACAAUUUCCUGUCCGAGAGGGAUGACAUCGGACAUGAGAGUGAAGACCCUUCCACGGCAUCCGUUCUGGGCGUGAUGUCAUCAGCAAUGGCGCUGCUGCGUCGGUGUCGCGUGAACGCGGCGUUGACCAUCCAGCUGUUCUCGCAGCUGUUCCACUUCGUGAACGUGUGGGCGUUCAACCGCGUGGUGGCCGCCAACUCACAGCUGUGUUCGCGCGCCUGGGGUCGGCGCAUCCAGGCGCGCUUGGCGCAAAUCGAAGCGUGGGCCGAGCGACAGGGGUUAGAGUUGGCCGCCGACUGUCAUCUGGCAAGGCUUAUGCAGGCUGCCCAUCUACUCCAGGCACCAAAGUACACUGCUGAUGACUUGGCAACACUGUCGUCGACCUGCUUUAAGCUGAACUCGCUGCAACUGAGGGCGCUGCUGCAGAAGUACCAACCUUCCCCCGAUGAGCCCCGGCUUCCUCACGAGAUGAUAGAGAAUGUGGUGAGGGUGGCUGAGAACCUGGCGGACGAGCUGGCCCGCUCGGACGGGCGCGAGGUUCGCCUGGAGGAAGACCCCGAGCUGGCUCUUCCCUUCCUGCUGCCUGAGGACGGCUACAGCUGCGAGGUGGUGAGGGGCGUGCCCCAGGGGCUGGUCGAGUUCAUAGCGCCCCUCCAGCAUGCGGGCCUCUGUCGCCUGACGGCCCAGCCUACCUCCAACGGCCUCUGGACCGUCUACAUGGGGUCGACCAACGCUAACAUGGUUCGGAGUCCAAGUGCAAUGAGCAACAGAUCAGGCAGCUGCCCGGUUCCUCAGCAGGAGCCCGAGAUACAAGUCAUCAAACUGCACAAGUCCAACAACGGAAUGGGUCUCAGCAUUGUUGCAGCCAAGGGAGCUGGACAAGAUAGAUUGGGAAUUUACAUCAAAUCCGUUGUGAAAGGUGGUGCGGCUGAUGCAGAUGGUAGACUCCAAGCAGGUGAUCAAUUGCUCAAAGUUGACGGCCAAAGUCUAGUCGGAAUUACUCAAGAAAAGGCUGCUGAGUACCUAGUGAGAACUGGCCCGGUUGUCUCUCUGGAAGUAGCGAAGCAAGGCGCCAUUUUCCAUGGGUUGGCAACAUUGCUUUCUCAACCAUCUCCUGUCAUGGGAAGAGCGGGACCGCGUCGGAUGAGCGAGAGAGACAUUCCAUCGCGAGUGCUGAGCGAGAAUCAGCUGACGCUGCAGUCGCAGUCAGCUGCGGCCAGCAGUCAACAUCAGCUGAUGUCGCAAUCAGCUGCAGCCAGCAGUCAACAUCAGCUGAUGAGGACAGCUCAAGGUCAGCCGAACAUCUACCAGCCGGCGCAGAUACAGAGCUCCAAGUCAGUGCCGGCGCUCCAUUCCACGGGUGCGAGCAAUGAAGCCGGCUCGAACCUGGCUGGACCUCAGCAGCAGCAGCAACUGCAUGUGGGAGGAGGGCCGGGGGGUGGGGGACCCCCUCGCACCCCCCACGAGGUGUUCAACCCCGGCUACAGUCGGACCUCCUCCACAAACAGCCUCCCCCAGAAGAUCGACCAGCCAAAUGCCAUGCGAUCAAGGUCCAGUCAGAAUCUAUUAGAGAACCGACUGCCUGCUCCUAGCAAUAACCAGAUCUCCAGACAGGUCUCGAACCCAAGUCUACACGGUCAGCAACAGCCGCAGAACCACCCUGCCCUCUACCUGCCCUAUCAACACCAAAUGUCCAUGCAACAGCAGCAACAACAACAACAGCAACAACAACAGCAGCAACAGCAGUCGUCAGCGCAAAUCACAAGUCCCGAAGGUGAACGCUUCUACCAGAACCUGAGCGUGUAUCGCAACCAGGAGAUCAACAAUGGCUACCUGGUGCACCAGAACAGCAAUCACACGGGCACGCCUGGCUCCGCCCGCGUCAAACUGCCCAGUCCGCAGGAUGAAAGGAGUCCGGCCAUGCCCAACAACGGCCACAUAAUGAACAACGGUAACAACAACAACAAUAACAAUUUGAUGAACAACAACAACAACAAGAGCUUUAAGGGUUCGCAGUCGUCACUGAGUACAAGUGGGCGCAUGUCCACUGAGCAGAUGAUGAAUGCCAACAACAUCAACAGGGACCGACCCUCCUCCGCCUAUCUGCCUCCCCAUGCCAAUCAUUUGCAGCAGAACAUGGUGCCUAGAUCUCAGUCGUCACGCGACAUGCUGCGCCAGGAGGCCAAGCUGCAGGAGAUGGGCGAGGAGGUGAGGAGGAGGGAGGCUCGAGUCACUUCUCCUCAACAGUAUCCCAUGCAUCGUAUGCCUAUGCCCAACGCAACGCAUAUGCAACAGCAGCAACAACACCAUGCCCAACAAAUGCAGCAACAGCAGCAAAUGAACAGUCGGCCCCCAAUGCAACAACACCCCCAAUCGCCGCAGCAACAGCAGCAGAUGAUGAACAACAACAUGUCAUACACCUCCUAUGGAUCUCCCGUUGCCGGUCAGCCAUACCAGGCGCAGCAACCAGGGCAGCAGCAACAAAUGAUGAACAACAGUAUAUCAGGAUAUACCUCCUAUGGAUCUCCAGGCUACCAGCCGCCACCAGGAGCUGCGAUACCAGGAGGAGCAAGUCUACCAGGGCAGCAGCAGCAUCAUCCUGGUAGUAAGCCGGUUGCAAGACCAAUGGCCGACCUCCAAGAUGGCGGAGGGAGUUACAGCGAGUCCCCUCCCCCUCCACCGCCUCCGCCCACCUCCACUCAUCCCCUCUACCAGCGGCAGGAUGGGUCGCGCUAUGCGGCCAGCAUGGGGGAAUUGCCGCGUGGUGGGGCAGGAGGUCCCCCUCAAGGCAGGGGCUACCAGUUCCAAGGCACCAACCCGUGGGAGCGCGAGGAACGCGAAAAGGAGGCGCUGCGUCGACGGGAAGCAGCUCGGCAGUGGCGCGACCAGCAGAUCGGCGAACUGGUCGCCCUGGGCACCAACCGCAACUCGCAGCAGGAGGAGCAGCUCAGGGCACUCCGCCUCGAGAAGGAGUUCCAGAGGCGAGCCGCCAUGGAGGAGGAUGAUGACGACGAAGAGGAUCAGGAGAGCGCGGAACGAGUGCAAGGUCUGCUGAGGGUGGCGACGACAACCGGUCAAUUCCCGCAGACGGACGACAGCAGUGGACCGGUGCAAACCACCGGUGGCACCCGGCGCAUCCCUCCCAACGGAUCCCAGAACGCACGCAACCCGGCUCAGGUCAACGGCAUCGUCGGACGAACCUCCAUGCCUCCUCCCAGCGCCAAUGCAAACAAUAUGCCUCCCUCUGGACCUGGAGCGGAGGAAAAAGAAAGACUGCGAAGACUAAAAGAUCUCAAAAUGAAACAAGCUGAAAUUGAAGCUGAAGGAAGAAUGAAAAGAAGGGAGGAAGAAAUGAGACAACAACAACAACAACAGCAGUUGCAACAGCAGCAGUUGCAGCAGAGCAACAUGAGACAACAACAGAACGUGAACAACUCGCCGGCGGCCGGCAACAACAACCACAUGAAGAGAGAGAUGCGACUGGACAAUCUGAUAGUGAACACGCCCAAUGGCGGCUCCCCCCCUCACUCCCACCCCCACCACAGGUUGGACACACUGCUGGGGGGGCAACAGGCGUCCCCUCCCCAGCCCCCUGAGAGGGGGUCCUCCUUCGCUAUCAUGUCGCAGUCUCAGCUGGGUUCAAUGCGUAGCCCGGUCUCAUCUAGUCAACCUCAGAGCACACUGCACAACAACAACGGCAACACGCCAACAUCUCAGAUGGUCAACAAUAACAACAUCAACAAUAUGACAACACCGCAGUCGACCGGUACCGCCAAGCGGGUCUCGUUCCAGGACACCACGCCCACCGUCCUGCACUCGGCCAAUCACACGCCCAGCUCGGCAAGCUCCGCCUCUUCCAGCUCAAAUUCAAACUCCAUGUCGACUCCUUCCAAUCUCGAAAAUAUCCGUGAAGAUCCCAAUAAUUUCAUAAACGAAGCAGAAACUAUGCUCGCUUCGCCAAAGAGUCCGGACACUCCAGGUUACACCGGCAAUACUCCUGGAGUUAUAGGAGCCCAAGAAGUAUACAAGGAUCCUCGACAACGACGACUCCAAGAGCAGCAUCAGAAAUUGAUGUCGAACAAAGUGGGAACUGUGCCUGAGAAGCUCAGCUUCAAAGAGAAGAUGAAGAUGUUCGCGAUGGAAACUGGUGAGGAGGGUACACCACGUGACAAGGUGAAGAUAUCGCGUGCGCAGCGGGACAUCGACAACCUCGGCACUCCAAUAGCUGGGGCACCCAAUGCCACCGCCAAUGCCAAUAAUGGCAACAACUGACCCAACAAAUCGACGACCAAUCAAUCUGCCGAUCCUAAUCAAUAUUUGGACCAUCAUACUGAAGGGACCAAUGCUGUUGUUUGAUGCCAAUUCCCAUCAAUGAAUCAACAAUAUAACCAGUUGUUCGAUGAACAUAGUAGGAGUGCCAUUUGAAUGUUUUCAAAAGGAGUUUAAUGUACAUUAUGAGCCGAAAAAUCAAUUCUUUUGCAUAGCAGUGUGCGUGAUUGAAAAGCAAAAUUGAGAAGUAUCUAUCCUUCUACUUUAGUAAGUAAUUUCAGUACAAUGUUACUACUAUCCUAUCAUGUAAAGCUGUUAUGUAUUCUCUUCGAAGGCUACUAUAUUACUGAUUCAUUUUUUAUUUUGAGUUUUUUGUUAGGUUUAUUGAAAUUUGUCUAUAAAUUUUGCAAGAGUUUCAUUUAUUUUAUUUUGUAUAACUGGGGUUUACCACUCAGUAACUUAUUGCGUGAUUGCAUCUAUUUGAUUUUCGAGAAGCUAUUUUUUUACUAUAAAUGAAUUUAAAUUGAUAAUCUAUUCCAGAAGAGGAAUUGAAUAUUUUCAAUGGUGAGGUUUAUAAAUUGUUCAUUGUUUAACAAAAGAAAUUUUUUUUCAAUACAAGUUGAAACCGGUUUGUUUUAAUAAGAUAAGACGUCGAUUUAAAAAAAGCAUAAGUGGACGUUAUCUAUAAAACGAAACGGCUUGCUGUGAAUUUGAAUAACUAACACAAUAAUUUACCCCCGUAAAAGCAAUAGGACCAAUAUAUUAUGUGAUUCAAUCACCAACCAAUCCUGAACUCCAUAACAUUAUUGUAGGAGGCUUUUAAAACUUCCCCUUCCACUAAUGAUAUUGUUGACUGUAAUUAACUCCAAUACAACAUUGAAAGUAGCCUACUUCAAUCUGCUGAAUGAAUUCAGUGAAUUUACUAAAUAUAAUGUAAAUUUUGGUAUAUAGGCUAUCUAAAAUUAUUGUUUCAACCUUUAAAAGGAAAAUUAUGCUAAGCCAUUGUCUGUUCAAAGUCAAUAAUGGUGUCAAUUAAUGUGAGAUAAAUAGCCUAGAUGAAGAAAUUUUAUUACAACUAUAUAAUUAACAUAAAUAGUUAACAUCUCGUAGAAACUAUCCGACAACAUUCUUAGAAUGUUCAGCAUUUAUAUUCAAUUAAAAGAGAUGGAUAAGGGUUUAAAAAAGUAGUAUUUGAAGUAAAAAUACUCGUUAAAAAUAUAAAUCAAUAUAUUUCUUCCAAUACAUCAGACCAACGAUAUUUUCGAAUAUAUUAUAAGUCAUGUUUCAUCAAUAAUUAUUAUUACAAUAAUACCACAACUCUCAUACUUUUUACUGCCUUAUCAAACUUUUAAUAUUGUUAAGACUAAGGAUACCUUUCUGUGUGUGAUUGGUGAAGUAUAUUAUAUACACCCUUUAUUAGCAUAUCACAAAACCCAACACUGAAUGACAAAGUAGACAAUAUUAUUAGGAAAGAAUGUGACUGAUUGAACCCUUAUUCCUAGUAUUUUCCAUUUAUUAGAACCUUAACAAUUAAUUCAUGUAAAUUGACUCUGAAAAUAAAAAUACUUCAUUUUUAAGAAAAUAUCGAAAUGGACAGUCCUUCAAUCAAAUACUAUUGUAAAAUAGAUCAUAAUUGACGAAUUUAGUCAUUGUCAGCUACUAUAAUUAUGAUGUAUAGUUUUUCAACUAGGGUUGCAAGUUCAAAUCACUCAAUGACGGUUAUUAAUUUAUAUUUUAUGCUGGUUUCAAAUCAAUAUAUUAAUAAUGGUAUUGUUUUAUAUUCGUUUUG